AUGUCGAACCUCAACUCCUGGGAAGACGACCCUUCCGCACAAGACGAGAAUCUCUCGCGGAGAGCUCAGCAGCAGCUCAACGUCAACGCUGGUCAGAGCCAAGGAGGAUUCCGCCCCGGCGCCGCUUCGUUUCAGCCCGGUGCCCAAUCGUUCCAGCCAGGCCAGCCAUACAGUGGUGGUUUUGCCAGUCCGUAUCAACAGCAGCAGCAGCAGCAGCAGCAGCAGCAGUACUACCAGCAAGGUUACUAUCCCCAGUACGGUCAGCAGCAGCAGGGCUUCAACCAGUAUAAUCCGGGAGGCUACGGAGGCAAUUUCAGCCAGGGUUAUAACCAGGGAUAUGCUGGAGGAUACCCUCAGUACAGUCAACAACAAGGCCAAACCCAGCCGCAACCCUCACAGGCUCCCGCCCCUGCCGCCCCUGCAGCCGCUCCGACUGCACCAAAGGUUCUGACCCAGGAGGGUGGUCCCAAGGUCCUUAGCAUCGGCGGUGAUUCUUCAGCCCCUAAGCCAAAGGCCAAGGUCCUUUCGGUCAGUGGCACAUCCACACCUACCAAGGACAAGGAGGAAGCCAAACCUGAGCUAUCGGACAAGCCAGAGGCUGGUCAGAAGGCGGCUGCUGUCAAAGCUAUCGAGAAGACUGGCGAGAAGGCUGGGAAGACUGCCUCCUCCAGCAAGUCUUCGGGCAGGACCUCGCCAAAUCCAUCUUCGGGGCGGUCGAGCCCAUCCGGCGCCGGCGAGAAGAAGGCUCAGCGUGAAGUUGACGCCGUUACCAAGGAGCAGGCAGCCGAUGUCGACGACGAAACUCUCAAGGAGGUCUACGGAAAGGAGCACGUCAAUAUUAUCUUCAUUGGUCACGUCGAUGCUGGCAAAUCUACCCUCGGCGGAUCCAUCUUGUGGACGACUGGCAUGGUUGACGAGAGAACUAUGGACAAGUACAAGCGAGAAGCCAAGGAUGCUGGCCGAGAGUCGUGGUAUCUGUCGUGGGUCAUGGACUUGACCAAGGAGGAACGUUCCAAGGGCAAGACUGUCGAAGUUGGCCGUGGCUUUUUCGAGACAGGAAAGCGCCGCUACAGCAUCUUGGACGCUCCUGGCCACAAAACAUAUGUGCCCAACAUGAUUGGCGGGGCGUCGCAAGCUGACGUCGGUAUUUUGGUCAUUUCGGCUCGCAAGGGCGAAUAUGAGACCGGAUUUGAACGCGGAGGACAGACGCGUGAGCAUGCCAUGCUUGCCAAGACGCAGGGCGUGAACAAGUUGAUUGUGGUCAUCAACAAGAUGGAUGACCCCACGGUUGAAUGGUCCCAGGAGCGCUACACCGAGUGCACAACCAAGCUCUCCCAAUUCCUCAAGGCCACGGGCUACAACCUCAAGACAGACGUCUUCUUCAUGCCUGUUGCCGCCCAGUCCUCGCUGAACAUCAAGGACCGCCUCCCCAAGGGUCUCGCACCGUGGUGGGACGGUCCGUCGCUGCUAGAAUACCUCGACGGCAUGAACGCUCUCGAGCGCAAGAUCAACGCGCCAUUCAUGAUGCCAGUCAAUGCCAAAUACCGAGACAUGGGUACCAUGGUGGACGGUAAAAUCGAAGCUGGCGUGGUCAAGAAGGGCAUGUCUCUUGUAUUGAUGCCUCGCAAGCAGCCUGUGGAAGUGUCGGCGCAGUACGGGGAGCAAGAGGAGGAAGUUUCGAUUCUGCAGUGCGGCGACCAAGUACGAAUGCGCCUCAAGGGUGUGGAGGAAGAAGACAUUCUGCCUGGAUUCGUGCUCUGCUCGCCCAAGAGACUUGUCCACUGUGUGGCCGAGUUUGAGGCGCAGAUCCGAAUUCUGGACCUGAAGAGCAUCUUGACAUCCGGAUUCAACUGCGUCCUCCAUGUGCACUCUGCCAUUGAAGAAGUCACAUUUGCUGCGCUGCUGCACAAGCUGCAGAAGGGCACCAACAGAAAGAGUAAAAACCCUCCGACACAUGCCAAGAGGGGCGACAGCAUCAUUGCGCGCAUGCAAGUGAUUGGUGGAGCGGGAUCUGUUUGCGUGGAGAAGUUUGAGGAUUAUCCCCAGAUGGGCCGCUUUACUCUUCGUGACCAGGGACAAACCAUUGCCAUUGGCAAGAUCACCAAGCUCAUUCUUGAUGGCUCCGAGUAA